AAAAGUAAAGUCUUAAGCAUUUUUUAAGUUAUAUUUAGUUAUGAAAUACGUAAUAUAAUUUACUAUAACAUGAUAGUGACAUCAUAAUUAAAAACAAUAGUAAUGUAAGUCUCAAAAGUAAGGUCUUUGUACAUUUUUCUUCAUUUUACAAAUAUUUUUAAAGCUAUAUAUUUUUUGUGAAUAUAAUAUAAACAUAACAAUAUAAUAGUGACAUAGUGAAAUACAAUAAUAAUCGUAAUAGAAGUCUCAAAAGUAACGUCUUGAAAUGUAUUCCAAUAUUGAAUAUUUUUAUUUUGAAAUAUUUGAAUAAGCAUGUAUCAGGUGCAUACUUUCCUGACUGAUUCAUUUCAAGAUGCUGAUUUGUUUUUGGUUUUCAUCUCUGAGGUUAAAAGUCACUGAUAUUGAUCUCGUUAAUAUAAUGUCUAGUCAGCUAAAAGCAACAAUAUAAUAUUGUGGAAUAAUUAUAGUGACAAAGGUCUCUAUUGAGUUUAUGACGUCAGGAACGACAUCGUCUUGCCGUGAUUCCAUACAAUCUGCCUGGUGUUGCUGAUUUAAGAAGAACAAUAUUUCAAUAUUUUGCCGUCAGGCUGAGAGGGGGCGUUGCAGUGCACGUUGUUUGGCACAAGGGUGGCCAAAAAUCCAAAACAUCCAAGGGGAAAAUUAAAUUUGAACACGUACGUGCAAUUUACGCGAAUCAUGCACAGACAGAUUGUAACAAUAAUAAAGCGACAUGCACGUCUCUGUGGAAAGGCACGGGCCCUCCCCGUGUCGAUAAACGCAUGGCCUACAUUGCCUCCAUUUGUCGCAAAAAAAAAAAAACACCCUGUGAUUGUUAUUUCUUACCUGUUUAGGUGUAAAAGGCUCCGAAAUAAUCGCAAGAAGGGGUGAACUACUUCAGGUGGAAGCCUGCCUGGGCAUUUCUCGUCGCGCUCUCAAAAUAGGAUGACUCGCGUCAAAUUGGCGGUUGGAGGAAACAUGUGUUUCCGGUGGGCCUUUCAAAGUAACAUUGGCAAGCAUGUGGUGUACAGUGCAGAGAGAUAGGGAGAGAGAACAGUGGGCCUCUUGUUAGGCCCACAAGCCUUUUCCUCAUAGCAUCUGCUUGUCUGUUACUCCAUUCAGAAGACACAUAUGCCCUCAAUAUGGCGUACAGAGAGACAAUGUUUGCUUUAUGCGCGUAUUAAUGUACUUAGGAAACAAUACAAGGACAGCUUUGAACAGUAGACGUUCCGCAAGUACAUCCAUAUGCAUAGCUCCAAGAAGAGUAAAUAUUAUUUUGAUAUUCCAGAUUAGAAAGGGGGGUUUCCUCCCACGCCCCACCUGCUGGUCAAUGUGCACAUUACGUCCGAAAUAACAACCAAUGGGAUGCUGAGAUGUUGACAUGUUCAGUGCAUCACGCAGGCCAGUUGCUAUUGGUAGCCAAAGAUCAUUUCAGUCAAGAUGGUUCCCCCUAAUUACUUACGUCGAAGCAUUAUGGGACUAACAGUCGACCCCUGGCAAAGAAACGCCGAGAGUGGAAAAAGUGGUAUAUAAUAUACGAUAUACGAUAUAUAUGAUGAAGAUUAAUAGUUUUUAAUCAUUUGAAUCCAUAUGAAGCUACCAAAGAAACGAAAGUCAAUUAGGAUUUAGCGACCUACAAAACAACAUAUGUUUUUAAGUAAUGUAAAUAUUGACAAUAUCAGCUACCUUGAUGGAAUAUAUAUAUAUAUAUUGAAUAGAACGAUUCUAGUGUUCCUCCGAUCUUGAGUUCAUAUUUGUAAUUUUUUUAAGGAUAAAGUGAUCCGUUUUCGGCGCAUUUGGCAAAACCGGAAGUUUUUAGAGGUUACUUAUCUUGCUGCAUCCGGCGAUUAUCCAUUCUCCUACAGCUGACCAUAACCAAACAUUAAAUGAUGGACAAUUUUGAAGAUGGGGAGGCUCCUCCUGCUGGAGAUCUUGUACAGUGUAACACCUGUAAACGAAUGUUCUUCCCUAAAGUUCUGGAGAAGCAUGCCAAAAUCUGCCAAAAGUCAGCGGCCAAAAGGAGGAAGGUUUUUGACUCCAGCAGGCAAAGGGCGCAGGGAACAGACAUCCCCACCCUCAAACCCCUCAAACCAAAGGCGGAGCCCCCUAAGAAGCCAUCCAACUGGCGCAAGAAACACGAUGACUUCAUCUCAGCCAUCAAGGCUUCCAAGGCCAGCAUGAAGGCCAUGAAGGACGGUGCGCCUUUGCCCCCACCUCCGCCUCCUAUGUAUGACCCAGACCUUAUCCAGUGUCCUUACUGCCAGCGGAGGUUCAACGAAAGCGCCGCUCAAGGUCACAUUAAGUUCUGUCAGGAUCAGGCUGCCCGGAAUGCCAUCAAGAACAAGUCGGGUGAUGCCAAGAAACCUCUACGCACACAGUACAAGCCUCCACCUCCUGUCAAGAAGGCCAACUCUGCAGCGUCAACCAUCCCCUCGGCCUCCUCCCGUCUGCCUCAGAGAUCAGGCCUUGGCCAGACGUCUGGGGUGCCUUCCAAUAAGGCCUCGUCGGCACCUCCAAUGAGGAUAAACACUUCUGGGCUCACAAGUCCUGGGUCUGGUGUGGGAAUGAAGAGCCGAGCAGUGAGUUCAGGAUAUGGUUCUGUGAGGAACGCUGCAGCCGUAAGAGGUCCGCUCAACAAGAAGAAACAAGAUAAUGCUUACAUAAUGAGGGAUGACAUCGACGGUGAAGACAAUGUCGGCAACGGCGAAGUAAAGAGCAAGUUUUGUCACUCCUGCGGGACCAGGUACCCGAUAGAAUCGGCCAAAUUCUGCUGCGAGUGUGGCAUCAGGAGGAUGUGUAUCUGACGAAGAAAGAAGAAGUAUGUUGUCAUCAUUCCUCACGUGGAAUCUUACCAUUUUAUCACUGUUGGGCAGACUGACAACUCGUCGUCCUCCAGCCACAGAAUGCACCGUACGUAACAUGGCAACAUUUUGACAACAAAAGGGUGAAAAAUGAAUGUUUUGACUGCCAUGACAUGUUACGUACUCACACAUUUCAUGUCGGCAGCCUUUUUAUAAGACACAAGCUGCAUGUCGAUAGAUGUCAUUCAGACAUUUUUCAGCUCUUUUGUUCUUUACUCAUACUUCAGCAGAAUGAAGGCACUAUUCAUGUGUUUCUCAGACGUAUUUGGACGGUACUCUUGCUGUUUUUUCUACCGUCCAUGCCCCAAAAUUUGAAUUUGCCACCAUAUGAUACUGUGUGAUGUAAAUAUUUAGACAGAAUCGUUGUAAAGGAUCAGAGCCGUGAGACUCCCAGUCUUUUUUAGACUUUUUUUUUUUCCUCCUUCAGGAAAAAAAGUAACCCCUUAUAUUCGGGUCAGUGUGGUUUUCAUUUGGGUAUCGAGUAAUCCAUUGCCACGCUGUUUCAAAUUUUACAGCUUCACUCUGAAAAAUAUAUGAAUGAAUAAAUCAUGCUGUUUCAUGGUCGAAUACAUGAAUACCUAAAAACUAAAUGAACUAUUUUCAAGCAUGAAAAUGUCUAAAUGAAGAUAAGGCAUAUAAGGCAUUCAGAAGAUGCAUUCAAAGACGUUGUGACGAUAUUGUACACUGGUCACAAGGUGUUACUAAUGUUACUGUAAUGUUCGGUGAGAUACACAAGCACCAGACUUGAUUGACGGAACAACAGGCUUUUAUUGCAGGUUUGAAUGAUCUCACAACAGCCACAAUAAUCCCUAACACGGGCUACUGUUGCGGCUGUCACCCACGCCAAGCUAAAGCUCAACUCUGAAUCCCCGACAUCUCUUCUUGUCCCCGAGCACCAGAACACAUUAGCACCUGUCUUACUUAUGUCUUAAAUGGCUUAUUUUCUCUUAUUAUGUCUACUAUAUUGGGUAAUAGGACUGUAAAGAUGACUGUAGGGGUGUUAUUUCAUGUCUAGAGGGCUCUAAUACUAUUAAAAACAGUAUUUAGAAGGUCGUAAACAGGUUUUCUAUGCUCUAAUUCUGAAAAUAUUCCAUUUAUAAAUAAGAAAUCCUACUUUGUGGAAAUUCACUUAACACCAUCGGGUCUGGAACCAAUUAACCGUGACAAACGAGGGAUUACUAUAUAACUUUUUGUGUGAAAUCCUUCAAACUUCCUAUGAGGACAGGCUCAAAACCCCCACUGUCGUAUUGAAGACAUCACGUGUAACCGAUACAUGCCUGCAUUUUUUUUGUGUGUUUGGCUGCUUUGGCUGAUUUUAAAAGCAAAUCUAACCAGGCACAUACGAGUACUCACACUAUCUACCUUCAUCUAUCUACCGUCUGCUUUCAUUAAGCAAAGCUGAAUUAGCAUUGACUUAAGUGAUGUAACACUAUUUACUGUUGGGGAAUCAGCCUAGUGCAUACUUUCUGUGCUUUAAUUUGAUUAAAAAACAAACUUCAUAGCAGAUUGGACAAAAGUGUGUGUGUGUGUGUGUGUGUGUGUGUGUCUGUGUGUGGUUGUGCCCUUAAUGUAAUGUAUAGCCUCCAUGAAUAAAUCCUUAUGCAGACUGCAACUGUGUCAGUAUGUCCAUUAUGGUAUGUUCGUACAACAAACGCUUCUGUGGGUUUCGGGUACACGCUAACAUUUGAACCUCCCAAAGCUACAUUACUUCAGCAAUUACGGCCGGUGUCAUUCAUCAAACAUGAGAGCUUCCCGGUAGUGACCCUGAACAGAGUCCGGUCUGUGUGCUGAACUCAGCCAUCUGUGGCAAAUGGAGCUUUUAAAACCUCAAUCAUAGCGUUCUGCAGUGUCAUCCAAUACUCCCAACAGACAAAAAGCAAAAGUAGUUGGAUUAUACCCAAAGUAAAAGUUAAUAACGAGCACAGAUGGAUAAGUGUAAAUGUAAGCUUGAUAGUUUACCUUCUGAAAGCACCUUCUACCACAGUAAAGCUUCUUUUUUACAGUGUAUUGAAUCAUUUCAACACUUGAUUCUAUUACAGUUCAUUCUGCUCGUCCUUAGACCUUCUUAGCUAGUUGCCUGUGGGGCUUGUAAGCUUAUCGGAAGCGUCAGUAGCCAAAAAGAGCUUCAAGAAAGAGAAAAUGGCAUUUGACAGAGUAUCUUACAUCAAGUAGGAGCUUCCUCUUUGGUAAUCCAAUGAAGGAGUGCAGACGUACUGGGUGCACGAGUCAAAAUAAACCCAAGGGCGUCGCUAUCAGGUGUCCCCUAAUUGAGAAUUCAACAUCUCGUAGCACCUGGUCAUGCUGUAUAGGAUCACAGUGACCAUGCAAAGUUUUUCUGACUCCCUGCGUGUUUUUCUCUGCCUCUUUCGGUUGUGUGUGGUUGCUCUCCUCCUCUUUAUCUUCACUUUGUGUUCUUUAGUCUAGAGAAGAGACAAAACACAGAAUGUUUCUUCAUACUUU